GCAACCUCGUUACUGCUUCCAGUCGCGCCUGGCCAGCGCCGACCACGCCGCCCACUCAACGCGGCGCCAGUCUGCCCAACUGCUCUCCUUCCAUACUAAAAUGGCGAAUCAACAACAAUUAACGACUCGGCCACGGAUCCUCGAAGCUGUGUCUUUAACGGUAGUCAUUCUAAUAGCCGCUCGCGUCUUGGCUCUGGGUUAUUGGAUUUACAGCUUGGCUACUGAGAAGCAGCCUCAGAGAAGAAAGGAGCACUAGAUCCAGUUCAAUUUAUAGUAACAGAGAAGGGAAUCUUCAAUUCAACAGUAGUUUUGAUGGUAUAAAUAUAUACUUGGAAUCUAUAUUCUUGGCUUUUGGCAUGACUAGUGCUCUG